UCUCUGACACACAUACACAUUUGUCUGGAAGGAAUUAGACAGCUGAAACAGCGGCAGAGACAUUUUGGUCACUUCUGUGCAACCUGGAUGCUUUGGGAGGGAGCUAAAAUAUUACAUGCCCCCCCAAGAGAGCUCAAAUAGGAUACAAAAAGGUUUCAGCUAAUAUUAGUAGAGUUAUUGCUGAAAACUUUUAUUUUCAAAAAAUUUAGGCAGGUUUUGUGUAUAUUGAUAUAACUUUUAAACAUGCCUGAAAGUUGAUGAAGAAAUAUAUAUAUAUAUAUGUGUAUAUAUACUUAUAUACAUAUAUAUAUAUAUAUUACAACAAUCUUUUUUAUUUAUGUUUUUUAAGACUGUGAAGCAUGUUUGUACAGAAAAGAUGCACCAUGUGGUCCAACUCCUAAAGACUGGAUGCUGAUUUAAGGAUUUUUUUCUUCCUUUUUGAUUCAUGAGGACAUUACUGAGUGGAUUCAUGAGAGUCACUGCCACUGGUGCUCAAACUUUCUUGCUGCUUGUUUUAUGUGUGGAUAGCUGCCACAGCUGGCGGAGUUGACCACAUCUUCCUGGAAGAGGAAGGAGAGGACAGAAGCUGCUUGAAGAUGAAGUGCCAGAGAGUUUUAAUCUACCUGAGGAUAAUUGGAACCACCAUGUUUGGAGUGUCCCUCCUGGUGGGCAUUUCCACUGCCUACAUCAUGGGCUACCAGUUCUUCACAACAGCCCACAACCACCUGUCCUUUGGCUUAUAUGGUGCUAUCUUGGUUGUACAUCUCAUCAUUCAAAGUCUCUUUGCACUCUUAGAACACAGAAACAUGCGGCGCUCCUUAGAGACGCCCAUUAAACUGAAUAAAUCGCUGGCAUUGUGCAUUGCAGCGUAUCAAGAGGACCCAAACUACCUGAGAAAGUGCCUGGUGUCAGUCAAGAGGCUGACAUAUCCUGGGAUCAAGGUCAUCAUGGUGAUUGAUGGGAAUUCGGACGACGACAUGUACAUGAUGGAAAUUUUUAAAGAAGUUAUGGGAUGGGACAAAGUGGCCACAUACGUGUGGCGAAGUAAUUAUCACAACAAAGGCUCUGGGGAGAUGGAUGAAAGCUACGCCGAGAGCCUUCAGCAAGUUUCCAAGCUUGUGCUGAACAACAAGUGUGUCUGCAUAAUGCAGAAGUGGGGAGGAAAAAGAGAGGUCAUGUAUACAGCCUUCAAAGCUCUGGGGAGGAGUGUUGACUAUGUGCAGGUGUGUGACUCUGACACCAUGCUAGACCCAGCGUCAUCAGUGGAGAUGGUGAAAGUUUUAGAGGAGGAUCCUUUGGUGGGAGGAGUUGGAGGAGAUGUUCAGAUCUUGAAUAAAUAUGAAUCAUGGAUCUCGUUCCUGAGCAGUGUACGGUACUGGAUGGCCUUCAACAUUGAGCGGGCUUGCCAGUCCUACUUUGGCUGUGUCCAGUGCAUCAGUGGACCUUUAGGAAUGUACCGAAAUUCCCUCCUGCACGAGUUUCUUGAGGACUGGUACAAUCAGACCUUCAUGGGAUCCCACUGCAGUUUUGGUGAUGACCGCCAUCUCACAAACAGAGUUCUCAGUCUUGGCUAUGCAACAAAAUACACAGCACGAUCAAAGUGCCUUACUGAGACACCAGUUACAUAUCUGCGGUGGCUCAAUCAACAAACUCGAUGGAGUAAGUCAUAUUUUAGAGAAUGGCUUUACAACUCUAUGUGGUUCCACAAGCAUCAUCUAUGGAUGACUUAUGAGGCUGUGAUCACAGGCUUCUUCCCUUUUUUCCUAAUAGCUACAGCAAUUCAACUCUUCUUCCAAGGAAGACUCUGGAAUAUUUUGUUAUUUUUACUCAUUGUGCAAACAGUGGCAUUGAUUAAAUCAUCAUUUGCCAGUUGCCUCAGAGGCAACAUUGUCAUGGUGUUCAUGUCAUUCUAUUCAGUACUGUAUAUGUCUAGCCUGUUGCCAGCCAAAAUGUUUGCGAUUGCAACUAUCAACAAGUCAGGCUGGGGAACGUCGGGGAGGAAAACCAUAGUUGUAAACUUCAUUGGCCUGGUUCCAAUAACUGUCUGGUUCAUCAUCCUCUUCAUUGGACUUAUAUACACAAUAGCAAUUCAGACAAAUAAUUUUUUUCCUGAAAUAGAAAAGCUUGUUUUGAUCAUUGGGGCAGUUGUCUAUGCAAGUUACUGGGUCAUAUUUUUGACACUGUAUGCCAUUCUCAUAAACAAAUGUGGGAAGAGAAAAAAGGAGCCACAUUAUGAUAUGGUGCUAGAUGUAUGACCUAAGAUAAACAUGUACCAUUUACCACUGAACUCUCUUGAGUUGUUCUUUCUGUUGCUGUUUACAAAGUUUUUCAUUUGCAGGACAGCUUUGGUGGGAAGAUUGGUUGAGUUCAACCACAACAGGAAAAGAAAAGGCAGUGGCUGUAACUAUGGAAAUCAUGAUCUUGUUACAUCAGCAUUCUGGCUGAUCUACUUAUCUAGAUUACCUUAAUUUAACAUGUUAGAUUGGAAAAUAAUUUGUAUAGAUUAAACAAGUUACUUUGAAAAGUCAAAACGGCAAGGUUACAUGUAUCAUUUAAGUUAGCAGAAAGAGAGUCUGGUUUAGAAUAUUAACUACCUCUUAACCUUGUCAUGUCCACUGAAAAAGUAAUGAAAAGUGAAAGUUUAACAAGUAAUUGGUGAUAAAGGUCCAAAAAAAAUCUCUGUCUUGUCUCAUAAUAAUUUAUGUUGGCCACUUGAACACAUUAACAGCACAUAUACAGUAAAUGUUCAAUUCAAUUCCCUGGCUCUGUUCAAGUUUCCAUGCAUUAAGUUCAAAGUUAUGUCAAGGAUAAUGUUUGUGCCUUUUCAGUGUUCAGUGCCUUCUGUUUUGGCAAAAGAACCGGUUUACAAAGCACAAAGGGCUUUAAAAUGGAGAGCUGCUUUAUGUUGUUUGUUGCUUUCAUGUCAAUUGGGAAGUAUUUAAAGACACAAACAACCAUUUAAAGGGACAGAGAUUGUCUGGAGCAGACUUCACACCAUGAGGCACCUGCCAAACAACAGGUUUGAAUCCAGAAUUGUCUCACCAUGAAGCAUCAGUGCUACUUUUGGCACUUUGCUGCAGGAAGAAUCAGAAGGAUUUCAUAGGCGGUAUUGUGGGUUACAAAGCACUUCUCAAAAAAAUUGGAUGAUUUACUUUGCUUCUGGUGCAGGAACAAAGAGAGCAUUUGUCAAAUUUCUUAUUAAAUAUGCACUGGAGUGUAACAUUUAGAGGAUUCAUGACCGCCACUUAUAACCUCUCAAUGGCAGCGACAUUGAAUUAAUUUCACAGUGGUUGAAUGUAAACUAUUGCAAUGCAUGCAAACAAAUUUAGAAUGUUUGUAGAUAUUCCCAUAUGACAUGACUGCACGAUUUCUCAAUGUUUACAAAGUGAAAGAUCCCAAACUUACAAACCAUUAAAAUAUGUAAUUGUUAUCUGAUCAGGUGACGAUGUGAACUUGUGACCACAAUUGAGAGACUUUGUACCAAUGCUGCUGUGAGCUGUAGUUCUGUAGAAACAAGGAAUUUAGUUUCCAACCAUUUUUAAUAUGUUACAAAAAGGUUUUUAACACUCUGUGUUUAUGUAUUUUUAAUCCAGUUGGUUAAUGACAGCAAAGCAAACAAAGUAAUUAUUCCAUUCCAAAAACUUUGUGUCUUUUACUUUCCAUGAGCUUUUGAUCCUUUCCAUCUUGUACAAUAUUGUAUUAAGAACAGCUUGAGUAUUGUUUUUUUUUUGUGUUGUGUAAAAUGACUUGCAAGAGAAGAAGUUCAUUUGAAUAUAAAAAGCACUACCUUUUAAUAGAAAUGUGAAUAAGGACACUUGAUGGAAGAGAACAACAUUUAGGAAAGAAAUAGGUCCAUUGUUUGCUUUGGAUCAGAAGCAGACAUGAGUUUAACUGUUAUGCACUUUUAUGUUGCUUCUGUCCUCUAGCACAAUGCUUGACAUAACCAGAAUAAAAUACCUCUCUGAAUUGCAUAAAGGUGUCACAAUGCUGUCCAAAGAUAUGUGAUUUAUAGUGUAUUUUUUUGUAAUCUUGAAUUUGAAACUGUCCAUUUUUUAUUAAAACAAAAUUUUUAUGUCA